CAACACUCAACAAAAAGGCUUCCCCACAAGGGCACACACCAUCUUCCUCCCACAAUGCGAUGCCCCCUGCGCUGUUCCUCUACCACCGUACAGCCGCAAACCUACGCACCCUCCCCCUCUUAACCUAAGCACCCCCUUCUUUAAACCUAGAGUUUCCCUUCCCCUCUUUUUCUCUUCAAAACUUGGAGACCCAUUUUCUUAGACGACGAAAAAGGUUCCAGUGCUCUCUCUGGCUAGAGUUUGGGUUAGGGUUUAUGAGAGAUGUGGGAUGCUCCAGGCAUUGAUGAAUCUGUUCUCUCUCUGCUUGAAGCCAUUCGGCGGUGAGAAACUCGAUUCCGUCGGCGUGCUCGGCACCAAUUGCAGCGACGGUUCCGGUGGAAGAGAAGGCAAGCAUGGACUGCUGUGGUUUCGCGAUAUCGGAAGGUCUGCGGCCGGAGAUUUCUCCAUGGCCGUGGUCCAGGCCAACCAGGUCCUCGAGGACCAGAGCCAGAUCGAGUCCGGGCCCUUCGGGACCUUCGUUGGCGUCUACGACGGCCACGGUGGCCCCGAGGCUUCUCGCUAUGUCUGCGACCACUUGUUCCGCCAUUUCCAAGCAAUAUCAGCGGAGGCAGAGGGAGUUGUGUCGACUGAUACCAUUCAAAGAGCUUUCCGCGAAACAGAGGAAGGGUUUACUGCCCUUGUGUCAGAGUUAUGGAGUACUCGACCCAACAUAGCAACUGUUGGGUCAUGCUGUCUGGUUGGAGUUAUAUUUCGGCAGACCCUCUUCGUGGCAAACCUUGGAGAUUCCCGUGUUGUAUUGGGCAAGAAAGUUGGCAACACUGGAGGAAUUGCUGCCAUACAGUUAUCGACAGAACACAAUGCAAACAUUGAGGCUGUCAGGCAGGAGCUUAAAGAGUUACACCCUGAUGAUCCUCAAAUUGUUGUUCUUAAGCAUGGAGUUUGGAGAGUAAAGGGCAUUAUCCAGGUUUCUAGAUCCAUAGGGGAUGUAUAUAUGAAAGAUGCGCAGUACAACAGGGAACCGUUUAGUGCGAAAUUCAGACUUCCUGAACCUCUGAAGAUGCCAAUCUUGUCUGCUGUUCCAACUAUUCUUUCUCAUCAUAUCCAACCAAAUGAUUCUUUCCUCAUAUUUGCAUCUGAUGGUCUAUGGGAACACUUGAGUAAUGAGAAGGCUGUGGAUAUUGUCCAGAGUCAUCCACGAGCAGGAAGUGCAAAAAGACUUGUCAAGGCUGCCCUGCAAGAGGCGGCUAGAAAACGAGAAAUGAGAUAUUCAGAUCUUCGUAAAAUUGACAAGAAGGUUCGUCGCCAUUUUCAUGAUGAUAUAACUGUUAUUGUUUUGUUCUUAAACCACGACCUUAUAACCAGAGGCAUGGUGCAAGAGCCCCCGCUCUCAAUCCGAAGCGCUAUUGAUCACUCAUAAUUUCUGAAAGCAAACGUGUUUCUGCAACAUCUGAUUUUGGCCGACAUCCUUAAAACCGACCACUCUACCAGCAUAAGAUAUGAUUGCAUGGCUUGAGAGCAGCACUGACAAAGCAGUUUCACUGCUUGGAUACCUAUACCGAGAUACCUUAUCUGAAAGAGGCUUAAAAUUUGUAUAAUGUUGUGAGAGAUUACUUUAAUUACUACAAAUUGCAUGUUAUACAUGGAUAUAGUUUAUUAUUUAAAUGCACCUUCUUUGAUUUCCAAUCACAUAUACUUGUGGCCACGUUCUUUAGGCAGUAUUAA